AUGUCAAGGUCGACAACACCUGCGCUGCCUCUGCAUAAUGCGCAGAUCCCCGACUCAUCUCGAGGCGGGACACCUCUAGGAGCGAGACCGGAGGCUCCGUCGUCGAUAUCGACCUCAACCUAUUCGUGGUUGGAGCCCCAUGAAACCGCCGAACGACUACGUACCUCUCUUUUACAUGGCUUGACCCCUUCCGAGGCCGAGGUUCGCCUAGCACGCGAUGGACCGAAUGAGCUACCCCAUGAGGAACCCGAGCCCCUAUGGCUGCGGUUCGUCAAGCAGUUCAAGGAACCGCUGAUCCUUCUCCUUCUUGCCUCGGCUGGCAUCUCAUUCGUUAUGGGCAACUACGAUGACGCCCUCAGCAUUACCCUCGCGGUGACAAUUGUCGUAACUGUUGGAUUUGUUCAGGAAUAUCGGUCGGAGAAGUCUUUGGAAGCCCUGAGCCGUCUCGUGCCACACUACGCUCAUCUUAUACGUGACAUUAUGCCCCAGGCAACGGGAGCUGACGUUAAUAUGCCUGUUCCACGAAAUGCCGCGGAGGAGAUGCAAGAGCUUCGGAGCAAGAGUCCCAGCUCAGUGUCCGCGGCAAUCAAGGCCUCGACUACCGUUCCGGCGGCCGAGCUGGUGCCAGGAGAUUUGAUCUUGUUCACCACCGGAGACCGCAUCCCCGCCGAUAUCCGGAUCACCGCUGCGACCCAUCUCAGUAUCGACGAAUCCAACUUGACUGGAGAAAAUGAACCCGUUGUAAAAUUUGCGGCAGCGCUUCGGAGCACACGCGGAGGAGCCGUUGAAGCGUUGAAAACUGCCACCCCACCUCGGUCGCCUUUUUACGACGCGCCUGCCACCGGAGCCGUUGGAGCUGAUAUUCGAUUGAACGAACAGCACAAUAUCGCAUUUAUGGGGACCUUGGUCCGUUCUGGCUACGGCCAGGGCAUUGUCAUCGCAACUGGUGCCAAGACGGAGUUUGGUAGCAUCUCGGCAUCUCUACAAGAAAUCGAAAGUCCGCGGACUCCCCUGCAGCUAUCCAUGGACCGAUUGGGCCAAGAACUGAGCUAUAUCUCCUUUGGUGUGAUCGGGUUGAUUGUUGUGAUUGGGCUCCUGCAGGGCCGCAAUCUCCUUGAGAUGUUCACCAUUGGCGUUUCCCUUGCAGUAGCGGCAAUUCCAGAGGGGUUGCCCAUUAUUGUCACAGUCACCCUCGCUUUGGGCGUGUUACGCAUGGCCAAAAGAGGUGCGAUCAUGCGGAGACUGCCUAGCGUUGAGACACUUGGGUCGGUCAAUGUGGUCUGCAGCGACAAGACCGGUACGCUCACGCUCAACCACAUGACUGUGACCAAGAUGUGGCAUUUUGACACCAUCGAGCCGUUCGAGGUUCAACGGGACAUGGCAUCUGUGCUGUCUCCCGGUCCUGCGGCUCGCACUGUACUUCGAGUUGGUAACAUUGCGAAUAACUCCCGGCUGUCACGAGUCAGUGCCAACUCGCCAGCCAGCGCAUCAUCAGCGGCAGUGCUAUCGUCGACCAUCGACAGAGAUGCGAGUUCCGUGAAGAGCCGAUGGGUCGGUCAACCUACCGAUGUGGCUAUUUUGGAUCUUUUGGAUACGCUGGGGGAGGACGAUGUACGCGAUCGGAUCAGUGCUCGCGUGGCCGAGACCCCCUUCAGUUCGGAGCGAAAAUGGAUGGGCGUCAUCAUUGGCAGUGGCACAGACUCCGCCCAUGGUAGCUCUGAUGUUGCCUACAUCAAGGGUGCUCUCGAGCAGGUUCUGUUACGAUCUGAUACCUACCUGACCAAGGAUGGCCGAGAGGUUAUCCUGGACGAGGCGCGACGCAAGGUGAUUCGUGAGGCAGGCGAGAAGAUGGCGGCAGAGGGUCUUCGGGUCCUCGCUUUUGCUAGCGGGCCCGUCUCCAAGGGCGGCAGGGCGUUUGGCAGCCGAUCGGGAACGCCUGUUCUGGGAUCUGGCGGCCAGCCCGAUGAUGAUGAUCGUUACAAAGGCUUGGUGUUCGCCGGGCUGAUCGGUAUGAACGACCCGCCACGCAAGGAUGUACACAAGGCUAUCCGGCGUCUGAUGGCCGGAGGGGUGCGCAUCAUCAUGAUCACCGGCGAUGCCGAGACAACGGCUGUGGCAAUCGCAAAGAAACUUGGCAUGCCGAUCAAUGAGAGUGCGGGUUCGCGGUCCGUCCUUCGGGGCGAUGAGCUGGACCACAUGAGCACCGCCGAGCUCGCUCAGGCCAUUUCCACCACGUCGGUCUUCGCCCGUACCAGUCCUGACCAUAAGAUGAAGAUUGUGCGCGCGCUCCAGUCUCGCGGGGACGUGGUUGCCAUGACGGGCGAUGGUGUCAACGAUGCACCGGCGCUCAAGAAAGCAGAUAUCGGCAUCUCGAUGGGCAGGCUUGGCACGGACGUCGCCAAGGAAGCCGCCGACAUGAUUUUGACGGAUGACGAUUUCUCGACCAUCCUGCGUGCGAUCGAGCAGGGCAAGGGCAUCUUCUAUAACAUCCAGAACUUCAUCACCUUUCAACUCAGCACCAGUGUGGCGGCACUCACUCUCGUGCUCCUGAGCACUACACUCGGGUUCAAGAAUCCACUGAAUGCCAUGCAAAUCUUGUGGAUUAAUAUUCUCAUGGACGGCCCACCUGCUCAGUCCCUCGGCGUCGAGCCCGUGGACCCGUCGAUCAUGAACCGGCCACCCCGACCCAAGACGGCACGAGUGCUCACGAAACCACUCAUUCAGCGAGUCCUCACCUCGGCGAUGGUGAUCAUGCUAGGCACCCUGGCAAUUUACGUGCACGAGAUGGGUGACGUCGACGAUGGCCAGCCUCUAGGCAAGCGUUCUAAGGUCGUCACGGCACACGACACCACCAUGACCUUCACGUGCUUUGUGUUGUUCGACAUGUUUAACGCGCUGACCUGCCGCAGCGAGGGCAAGUCCGUGCUCCGCGGCGAGCUGCCGCUGUUCGGCAACAAGAUGUUCAACUAUGCGGUGCUGGGCUCGUUGGCCGGUCAGGCUUGCGUGAUCUACCUGCCGGUCCUGCAGCGCAUCUUCCAGACGGAACCGCUGGGGCUCGGGUCGCUGUUCAAGCUGCUGUGCAUCGCCAGCUCGGUGUUCUGGGUGGAUGAGGGGCGCAAGUACCUCCAUGCGCUCCGGCGGCGGCGCGGCGUGGGGGUCGGCUAUAGUGUGAAUGUGUGA